CUCUCCAAUCUCCUUCCCUCCUUGCAGCUGCUGCGGGCGCCAUCCUGGCCCCGGCCCCGGGAGGUCUCCUGACGCCCCCGGCCACCGCGCGAAGGUCGAAGUCCGGCAUGGCGGGUGUGCCGACUCUCCCGGCCGAGGCCCGGAUUAACGCCGGGAUUUCCGACGCCAACCAAGCCUACUACGCCACGGUGGUUUCUUUUGCCUGGCUACGUACGGAGGUCCCGGCCGCCGGUGUGGAGCCAUCACCGCCAGCGGCAGUACCGCCAGCACGUCGGCGCGGCGGUGGUCCUGGCAGUCGCAGCCUCGCGGCGUCCUUCCUGCCGGACGGACAUGAGUGCGAUUUCUGCCAGGGCUCCACCCAGGCGCCGGUCACCUUCCUCGGUGCCCUUGUGGGCUUCUUGCGGACGUUCGGCGUGCAUGAGCGCGACACCGCCGGCUUGGUGCUCGGACAGAUGCUCGAGGCCGGCCUUGUGACCUGCCCGGCCCUGCAGGCCUAUUCCCUGGCCGUGCUCGGUCUCCUGUAUUGCGAUUAUCUGCCGGUCUUUGCGGCGGCCACAGCAGUAUCGGCAUCAUCGGCAUCAUCGGCAUCAUCGGCACCAGCCACACCAUCCGAGCCCCAGACAGGCCCGGCGCCUCUGGUUGAGCCUGUGCCGCCGAUCUUCCUGGACGUCGACGCCUUGGUUGGACUGGAUCAGAUCGCUUUCGGUGCCGGCAGCCAGCUCCCGGCGAUCCCAGCGACCGGAGUGCGCCCGGUCGACUCGCACCCCUUCCUGCCGUUGUUGGAGGCCUGGGCCAGUCGCACAUAUCAAGGCCCGGCAUUCCCGGCCCCGGCGGACCCGUAUCUGACUGAGCCUGUUCAAGCCCUGCUGGGAUCCGACGCCCCGGGAGCUUCGGGAUCGUGGCCCGGGCCGACCGCGAGCCGGCGCGAUGUCGGCCGGAAGGGCGCCCGAUCGACCGGCGCCACAGGGUCUGGUGGGGGCCGUGGCGCGAGCGGUGCCGGCUCUGGGAGCACCGGCAACAUCGGCAGCCAGGCACAGUCCCUGGCCCGGCCGUUUGCUGCCCUUGUGGCUCUCUUUUUGCGCAUGCAGUUGGCCGUGGCCAUUGGCACCGGGGCGCCCUGCUCUCAGGGGGGUCCAUGCCCGGAGCCGGUGUCGUCAGCGCCGGCUAAUCGCGGCGGCGGCAGCGGCGGCGGCGGCGGGCCCGGCGGCAGCGGUUCGACCAAACCCCGGCGCGAGUGCUCAGCUUGCGAGCUCCUCCGAGCCAAUUGGGUGGUUUUCCUCCAACUGCUACGCAUCCUGCACAUGGAUCCGAUCCGUUUGUCACAUCAACUUCCUCACAUUGUGGCUGCGCUCUUUGAUGCCGAGGGGGCUUUCUCGGCGGGUGGUCCGGCGGGCGCCGCUGGCAGCAAUGCCCCCUCGACCAUGGCCGAGGCCAGUCCCUUCGCCUUCGGAGCCGGGACAACGCAUGCCGACUGGCCGGCGCACUUGGCAGAUGCCCCGCUGGAUGGCGGCUCGGCACGGGUGUCUGUCCCGCUGUCCUUCGGGUUGGGAAACAUCUCCAUUCGGUCGUCGGGGCCGGUUCCGGCCUCGGCCGAUGCCACCGCCAGCGCCAGCACCAGCACCAGCACCAGCAGCAGCAGCACCACCACCACCACCACCACGGCAGACUGCUUGCCCUUCUUCCCCCACACCAUGCCUUCUCCCGAGCCGGACCCCCUUCCCCGAGAGGCGCAGCUGAUUCUCUCGUCGCACCGGUCCGGCGGCCACCUAAAGGCCGGUCCGGUCCCCGGGGUGCUGGGCUCCUCGCUGGCCGAGCAGCAACAUCCGCAGCAGCAGCACCAGUCGCCACCGCCGCCGCAACACUCGCCGGCUGGCGGCGCCUCCUCUUCUGGCGGACCUCAGCGGCGGACCGGGCCGGGCGGCGGCGUCACUGGCGCUGGCCGUGGUCGCGUUGAUUCCCCGGCAUCGUCGGUCGGCGUGGCUGUCGACACGGAGGACUUCCUGCAAACGGAGGACUUCCGCCGGUUGGCGCAUGUAACCUUGACAGCGCUGGUGGCCAGUGGUGUGGCCGGCUUCCUUGGGCCCCUGUUGGCGCACUCCACAUCGUUGGCGGUGGCGGCCAAGCUCCACACGCCGGAUCCCCUGUCCUUGGCCCUCUUCCGGCCCAGCAGCAAGUCGCUGCUGUCCCUCUCUCGGGAUCUGAGCAUUUUGAGACAUGGCGGCCCGGCGGCCGAAGCCCCGGGGAUAGGUGUCAGCCCGGAGUCCGGGGGCCCUUCUUCAGGGCCGGAUCUCGGCCUGGUUAGCUUCUCGCCUUCGGUCAUCCCAUAUGGGGAUCUCCUUCGCUAUGCGCAGAGCAUUGAUCCUACCGGGGCCCUGCUGGCCGGGGCGGCCGGAGGGUCGGCAUCCGGGCACCAAUCUGCCAGCGGCCCUGGCCCCGGCGGGGGAUCUUCCCUCGGCGGGGGGUCUGAGCUUCACCCGCCGGUGAUCACUCCACGGGGAGCCCCGGCCGGGGGUGGGCGCGCAGGGCGGCGAAAUAAUGCGGCCGCGGCCGCGGCGCUGGCCGCCGCCAAGGCCAACGCCCGGGAGCGCGCAGCGGCCCUGGCUGCCGCCCAGGCCACCACCCUGACCAUUGCACAGGAUGCCGCGCGCAUGACCCCAGUCGAUACCGCGAUCAGCCCGGAUGGCUUGCUGGCCUCCUCGCUGCCCCCCUCGCACUAUGCCCCGAUGUGGCUCUUUGAGACGCCUUCCAUCCCGUAUUUCCCCUUCUCGGUGUUUGGGUAUGCCCCGUCGGCCGGCACUCGCCCGGGCCCGGCCCUGUCGGUGGCCCUGGAUGGGGAUUCCCCCUCGGCCACGGAGCCCCCGAUGCCGGUCUGCCUGCUGGACCCGCUGGUCCGGGUUCCCCCUGCAGAGGAGGGUCUCGGGGUCGAAGUCGGUGGGGUGGCCUCGGAUUCGGACUUCGAGCGGCAGCUCGAGGCACUGACACCGCGCCUGGCAUCGCACCUGCUGGCUGACAUGUUCCCGGAUUGCUCGGCCACGUUGGCAAGCUUGCCGGAGAUGGACCUGGAUGCGGCGGAGCAGGCACUGGCCUUUGGCCUGGAUCAGUUCGACCGGUCAGUGUUCCUGGAUCCGGUGGCCGCGGCCUUUCGCAUGCGCCGGGGCCGGGGCGAGGCCGCUGGCGACGCGGCUGCCAGCCUGGCCUCCGAUGAGGCCCAGUCUCGACCUGCCGACUCCUCCAUCGAGAUGGUGGAUCUGGACUUGCAGACGUACAUCGACAGUCUCGGGGAUUUCAAUGGCCUGAGUGAUGAGUCGGAUGUUGACCAGGACAUCCCCUGGAUGUAUCCGGCCCUGAUUUCACCGCAAUUUGCCUGGGACGACGCCAUGCUCAGUGAUCUGAAUGUGGCCCUGUCUAAUGUGUCGGCCGCCUCGAUGGCGGCCAACUCCGCGCUCAAUGACGCCACGGAGGCCGUUUACCGGGCGGAGCUCCGCCACCGGGAGUCCCACUCGGCGUCAGCCGACGCGGGGUCCACCGGUGCCCUGUCGGGGCUUGCGUUGCGCUCUGUUCCGGAUGGCGAGGACCAGGGCAGCGAGGAUGAGGAAGAUGGGUACGAGCUGGAUAGUGCAGACGACGACGACGACGACGACGAGGACGACGACGAUGAUGACGAGGACGAUGAUGAUGAUGAUGACGAUGGGGACGACGAGGACGACGAGGACGACGACGACGACCACAGUGACCACGACGACGACGACGACGACGACGACGACGACGACGACGACGACGACGAGGAUGACGAUGAUGACGGUUGUGAUAACAGCGAUGAUCUUGAAGAUGAUGAGGACGAUGUCCCCUGGCCCGUACCGGCUCCCCCUGUACAUGCAUGUCGUACGGCCGGGCCCGCUGCUGCCGCUGUCGCUGCCACCGCCGCCGCCGCCGCCGCCGCCACCAGCACCUCAGAGCCCUUCUUGUCGCAUUCAUCGCACUCUGCUGGGCAUCCGGCGCACCCACCGGCGGGCGGCCUCGAGUGCUCAAGCCAGAGCCCCUCGCUGGCACUCUCGGCCUUUGGUCUUGGACAGCAGUCGCAUGGCCUGGGCCAUGGUAGCUCGCCCGGGAUCCCGGCCUCCGAACCAGCCCCAGGCCCGCCCAGUUCCGAAGCCGGAAUUCAAGCCAGCGGCGGCUUCGGCGGGCACCCCUCCCCCGGGUCCAGUCACGACCUCUCCCAUGACGGGACCCCGCGAGCUCAACGCCAUGCUUUCGAUCGAGAAAAAUCGGCCAAAAUGCUGGAGCAAAUCAUUCUCGGCUGCCAAGGGCCCCUUUCUACCGAUCGGCAACUGGAACUCCUACAAAUGUCAUCCAAUUGCUCUGGCACUGAGUUGUGCCUCAUUUUGACGGACAUCUACCGGCCGCCGCGAGCUGACUCAGAUCCCGGCCUCCCCUCCGGGGCUGGGACCGGGCCCGGAAUCGGAGCCGGAGCCGGGGCCGACGGACGUAAACUCUACCUUCAUCAAUUUGCCGAGCACAAUCCCUCGCUCUUGGGGAUGAUCCUCGCCCAGUUGACCCUUCAGGCGGACAUGAUCUGCCGCCCCUACCGGAGGUUUGAGACAACGUCCAUGCUCUAUCUGUAUGGACUGCUGUUGUCGGGCCUGACCCGGCCGAAUUACUUCAGCGUGCAAAUCCUUGGCGUGGUUCUCAGCUUGGCCGGGAUCAUGGAGCAGACGGCACACUUCUCCACGAGCGACAUUCAUCCUCAGGUGGUGAGCAUUCUGUCCAGCUUUUUCACACGCUUCGUGUCAUUCUGCAUCUCCAUCUGCUCACUGCCUGCUGAUGAUCCGGCUAGCCUCCAGUUGCCGGACAGCGACGGGUACCUCUGCGAUCAUCUUGGCGGCAGUAGCAUCGACGACGAUGACGAUGAUGACGACGACGACGAUGAUGGCGAUGAUGAUGACGACGACGACGACGACGACGACGACGAUGAUGAUGAUGACCUUGAGGACACUGAUGACCAUGACGACGACGACGACGACGACGACGAUGACGCGGGCCUCGACAGUGCUCACGAGGCUGGUAGCGAGGAGGAGCACGACGUCGGUGAUGACACCCCUGAUCAUCUCCGCCGUCGCCGUCCCUGUGGCCGCCAGCGCCAUCCCUACCACCUUCACCGCCAUCGGCCCUCUGGGCGUUCCUCGCCCGGGGGGCUGGAUGAUGACCGGUACAAUCACCAUGACGCGACGCUCAUGCUGGCUGGCCAAUCGGGAGACGCUCUGGAGGAGUCGGCGAGUGAUCAUUUCCUUCGGCACCACCGGCAGCACUACCAGCAUGAAGAAGAGCAGCCGACGGAGGAGGGGGAGGACCGUCGUGGCAGGCACGGCCGCGGCAUUCAGCGCCCCCACCCGCAGCAUUCCCAGCAUCCGGCCCUGUUCAUCGACCCGUCGGAUCGGAUUUUGCUGGCCCGCAUGACGAGCCUGCUCGCCACACGGAUCAUCCGUUCUGGGUGGCUUCCUCUGGCGCCGGAUCCCUUUGUGGCCGAGUCCCCAGGAGGUCCCGGGGCGGGGAGCGUGGCGGCCCCGGGGGCCGGUCCGACUGAGCCCAGUGCCCUGCCGCCGGGCUUGGCACUGGCCGGGCCGGCUCCCGGCGCCGGUGAGGAGGAGGCCAUCGCGCCGUACCUCCUGCUGCCGGAACUGCAGAUCUUUUGCAUUGAGUUUUGCGAACUGCGAGAGGCGUCAGACCUCUUUGCCGCGGUGCAGCGUGUGGUCAUCCGCCAUGAGCGGGCUGCCGAGGCGGCGGACGCGGCGGCUGGCGCCGUGGCCGAGGCCCAGCAGCAGCAGCGCCAGCAGCAGCAGCGCCAGCAGCAGCAUCAGCAGGGGCAGCUACCACCGCCCUCUUGA